UCCAUCACACCGGCGAGCGCACACCAUCUUUGACCAUAUCCAGCAGACUAAACCAGCUAGCAUCAUCUCGCUCUGAGUUGUGGCCACAGCGAGGUGAUGGCAACGGAGGCCUCAGCAUCUGCGUGCCAGCACGGUGUCCGCAUCGUGUCUCGGCGAAUGGUGCGGCCGGCAAGCGACGGGGAGACGGAGACGACGACGAAACCAAAGUCGACUGAGACGGUGCACCUCACGCCGUGGGACCUGCAGAUGCUCACCGUCGACUACAUCCAGAUGGGCGUCCUCCUGCCCCGGCCACCGACGCCGACGACGGCAGAGCACAUGGUCGACCACCUCGCGCAGUCCUUGGCGCGCGCAGUGGCACGUUUCUACCCCUACGCCGGCCGCCUCGCCACCGAGGAACACACCGGCGGCAGCGUCACCGUUUCGCUGCAAUGCACCGGGCACGGCGCCGAGUUCGUCCACGCCGUGGCGGCAGACACCAACGUCGCCGACGUGGCUGGCUCGCUGAGUAUCCCUAGCGUGGUCUGGUCCUUCUUCCCUCUCAACGGGCUGGUCGGCGCCGACGCCGCCGUGGGCAGCCGCAGCGGCUCCCGCAUCCCAGUCCUCGCCGCCCAGGUCACCGAGCUCGCAGACGGCGUGUUCGUGGCCAUAUCGCUCAACCAUGGCGUCGCGGACGGGACUGCGUUCUGGCACCUGUUCAACACGUGGUCCGAGAUCAGCCGCAGCAGCUGGAACGGCAGCAGCGAGGCGAUCGCCACGCCGGAGCCCGUGCUGGAGCGGUGGUUCCCGGACGGCUGCCCGGUUCCCGUGCCGCUUCCAUUCCCGACGCUGGAUCACGCCGUGCGGCGGUUCCACGGCCCACCCGUGGAGGAAUGCUUCUUGGCAUUCUCCGCGGAGAGCAUCAGGAGCCUCAAAGCGAGAGCCAACGCCGAGAUAUCAGGCACGGCCACCGUUUCCUCGCUGCAGUCCCUGCUCGCGCACCUGUGGCUCGCCGUGACCCGCGCCCGGCGCCUCCGGCCGGAGCAGGAGACCUCCUACACGUUGGCGGUCAGCUGCCGGGGUCGAGUGAAGCGCGUGCCCCAGUUAUACUCGGGCAACUCCAUGGUGCGGUGCGCGACGGCGAAGGUGGCCGCCGGCGAGAUCCUCCGCGGUGGCCUGCGUUCGGCGGCGUGGCGGCUGAACCGCGCGGUGGCGUCGUGCGAUGAGGCGGCCCUGGUUGGGUCCACGGCGGCGUGGCACACGGAGCCACCGUUCGCGUACCUGGUCGGGUGGUGGCACCCGGCGCUGCUGGUGACGGGCAACUCGCCGCGGUUCGACGUGUUCGGUAACGACUUUGGGUGGGGGAGGCCGGUGGCGGUGCGGAGCGGCGGCGGGAACAAGGUUGACGGAAGGGCCACCGUGUACGAGCUGGGGCGCGAAGGUGGAAUCGGCAUGGAGCUCUGCCUGGCUCCGGAGGCUCUUGCAAGGCUCAUCGCGGAUGACGAGUUCAUGGCCCUGCUCAACCAAGGCCAAUAGCCUGCGCAUCUGUGCGGCUUAGUAGGAGUAUCCAAAUUCAACAUGAUUCAUUCAAUAUAUUUAUU